CUAUGGAUAAGCAGUUUUCCUCGUUCUAUUUCCAGAAGGUUGAGUGAUUGACCAAAUUUGGUAAUUCGAUUAUUUAUUUUUCAGCAUUACCUCAUUCAACUACCUACAUAAAUUCACAAUGUCUGAAUUGUUUGCCCCCAACUGAACCAAUUUUAUAAGAAGGAUGUCGCCAACACCCAUGCCAAGUUUGAUUACUGGAUUAGGAUUAAACAUGGAAAAUAUGGUUUGUUCUCGUUGCAACGAGGGUUUUGAUCCUAAUGAGAAGAUAGUCAACUCAACAGGACAACUCUGGCACCCUCAAUGUUUUGUAUGUGCCCAAUGUUUCCAACAAUUUGAAGAUGGCAUAUUUUACGAGUUCGAUGAUAGGAAAUACUGCGAGAGGGAUUUUCAAGUUUUAUUCGCCCCUUGUUGUGGAAAGUGUGGAAGUUUCAUUAUUGGAAGGGUCAUCAAGGCCAUGAAUGCAUCUUGGCACCCGGAAUGCUUCUGUUGUGAAAUGUGUCACACCGAGUUGGCCGAUACUGGUUUCAUAAAGUAUGCUGGCAAGGCUUUAUGUCAUGAAUGCAAUGCAAAGUUGAAGGCGAAGGGUCUUGGUAAGCAUGUAUGCCAUAAGUGUCAUGGAAUAAUUGAUGAUCAACCUCUGAAAUUUCGAGGUGAAGUUUAUCAUCCAUACCAUUUUAAUUGCACUGCAUGUGGAGUCGAACUAGAUGCUACAGCAAGAGAAGUACGUAGCCGUCCUGGUUUUGCAGCCAAUGAAAUGAAUGAAUUAUACUGUCUGAGAUGUCAUGAUAAGAUGGGAAUUCCAAUUUGCGGAGCUUGCAGGAGACCAAUCGAAGAACGAGUGGUGACUGCAUUGGGAAAGCAUUGGCAUGUGGAGCAUUUUGCAUGUGCCAAGUGUGAAAAACCAUUCUUUGGUCACAGACACUAUGAAAAGAAGGGAUUAGCAUACUGUGAAACACAUUAUCACCAGCUCUUCGGGAAUCUUUGCCAUGUCUGCAAUCAAGUUAUCUCAGGAGAUGUUUUUACUGCAUUGAACAAAGCUUGGUGCGUUCAUCACUUUGCCUGCGCCGUUUGCGAUCAGAAAAUGAAUCAGAAGACCAAAUUUUAUGAAUGGGACCUUAAACCUGUUUGUAAGAAAUGUUUCGAGAAGUUUCCCAUGGAGUUACGUAAAAGAUUGAAAAGACAACAUGAUGCAUCUCCCAGAAAACCUGUUACACCAUCUUAAUCGAUAAAUUUUUCAAUCAUUUAUGGAAAAUUAAUGUAACUGCCAAGAUAAUUAGUCACUAUGAGAAUGAAAGCUUUUCUUAAUGCUUCUCAGAAUUUUCAGUUCAUGACUGAACUGAUUAAUUCUUAUAAUAAUUUCUGCUUCUGUUUUCUCGAAUCUCAUGCCUGAAAUGCAAAUUAUUAAAUUUUUAGUGGGCAUUAUCAAUUUGGUUGUCUCUCGCCAAAGAUUAUCAUGAUUUUUACGUCAGUCCUUGUGCUUUAUAUAAAAAAUAUGGAUAUUUUGAAUAAUGUCUAAUUGCUUAACGAGUUAAUGUUUAAAGCCUUGCAAAUAUAGUUGCAUAUUUGUGUUUUUACUGACAAUUAUCUUCGGAUUUUUCUAACCACAAUUGUUAGGAAAUUAUUAAAAAUCUGUGUAAGUCAAUGUUAGCCUUAUAACAGCUAGUUAAAGUCCAACGUGCCUUUCCAUUAAAUAAACUUUAUUAUGAAAAAUAUUUUAUGUAUUUUUGAAUUUAUAAAAUGUAUUUACCUAGAUUUUUUUCAAUAAAUGUAUAUUAAUUCAUA